UGGUAUUGUUUAAACAAUGCUGGUGGCGGCGCGGCGCUGCAUUCGCGUUGGCGCGCUGCAGCUCGCGUCUGCUCCGACCCACAUAUUGUCUGUCAGCCCACCUCUAUUGCAAUACAAGCGUAAGAAUGCGCGCUUCUUCUCUUCGGAUCUCGAUGCGUACCGCGCGCCUACAGUCGCCGUACCAUGCAGCGCCAAUGUGUGGACGAAGACUGUGAACCCGGCACUUCGCACGUUCCUCAAGCUCCGAAACCACGUGAUGGUUCCGAUCUCCUUCGUCGUCCCAACUGAUGACGACAAUUGGCCUAGAGAGACCCAUGGUUACCCUCUAGGUAAGCACGCGGAGUGGCUGCGUCGGCGUUGGAGAGAAAUGAAGGACCUACCAGAGUUCACCGUGCAGGACCUGAAGGAGCUCGAUUUUGCCUUCGAUCUCAGCCAAUACAAGUGGGAUCACUUCGUCAAGCCCGCGCUGCACCAUUAUUACGAACUUCACCAACACACUGACGUUCCCCAGAUGUUUCAAGUCAAGCACGGAGACGCUGACUGGCCUGAGAGACUGUGGGGCUUCUAUCUCGGCCCACGGGUCUUCAAUAUCCGCCACCGUGGCGAUUUCCAGGCGCAGAUCCAACAGGACGCUCAGGAAAUGGCUGAGAUCAACUUCUGCUAUGACUCCACCACGUACGAUCGCGACUGGCGCGAGAGAGUUUUACCGUCGCUGGAGGUAUUUCGCCAGGAGUUCGGACACUGCGAUGUGCACAGACCAUUCAAGGUCCCGAAUUGCCCACCGUGGCCUAAAAGUGCUGCUGGAAUGCUGUUGGGAGUCGUUGUCAACAAUAUCCGGAGUAAGGGCUAUUACGCUGUGCAAGUCACCCGAGACAUUGCAGCAUUGGAGAAAGUCGAGUUUGUAUGGGAUCACUCCUCCACGGAAUGGAACGACCGUAUUUUCCCAGCGUUGGAGACAUUCAAACGCAAGCAAGGCCAUUGCCACAUUAUGAAAACCUUUGUAGUGCCGUCUACGGAGUCGUGGCCUGCAAAGUCGCACGGACUCAAGCUCGGGAUCGUCAUCAACAACAUCCGCUCGUAUUCCUACUAUUUCGACCAGAUCGCUCGAAAUGUGGAUCAACUGGAGUCAGUGGGCUUCGAUGUGCAGAUUGCCAAGGUUAAGUGGGAUCGACGUGUCGAGCCGAUGCUUGCUACGUUUCAAGAGCUGCAUGGUCAUCGUAAUGUUCCAACCGAUUUCGUUGUACCGUCAGAGGACCCAUGGGACAAAAGCGAUUGGGGUGUCCAGCUCGGUAAGCUAAAGCUGAAGGAGAAGUACACGUAGAGAAGGUCCUAAAAGCAGGGUAUACCUAGCUACGUCUUGGUUGUUGUGGUGGGAGCAUAGAGAAACUUGCAGCACAAAUCAAAUAAAAUGAUCACUGUUGGGGUCUAUAGUUCUCGACGUCAGUAGUGGUUACUCUUCCGCGUGCCAUGGCCAGCACGAGCUGCACGCAUGCGACCCA